GGCACAAAUGCAAAAUAAUUUUCAAAAUCUAAACAAAAUCGGAAAAAAUUAGAAAAAAAUUAGGAAUAAAUCGAUGGUGGUGUUAAUUCAGUACAUUGGGAUGAAGAUGCGAUAAUCGAAAAAUUAAUCAAAGAAUUGAAUGGAAAUCGGAAAAAGUGAUUCAGAUUUUGAUCAACGCUUUUAUUUCGAAGACCGCGCUCUGUUGACUUCGGAGAUAUCCGACAAUCAGUAUUACGUCAAAUACGUUCCCAUUCCAUCUUCUUUCCAACGACGUAUCUAUACAUAUAACCUUACCAGUGGUCUUCAGCGUCAAACAACUUCCUUGCGCACAAUUCAAAGUACCGUUGAAGAAGGUCUCAGUCAUAUUGUUAAACCCAAAAGUACUUCUCCAAUCAUCAUACAAGCUUCCAGCAGGACAGAUGCUGGUGUUCAUGCCUUUGCAGCAACAGCCCAUGUGGAUUUAACUCAUCAGCAUGAACAAUUCUACAAUAUGGAAACGAUUGUCAAAGCUACUAAUAAGUAUUUUCAACGGAAAAACUUCCACAUUAGAAUCACCUCGUGGUUGGAAGUAAGCCAAGACUUUCAUGCGAGGUAUGCAGCAACAUCACGAUCAUAUUUAUAUCGUGUGAUUGUCCCUAAAGAGGCUAAUGAAAAAGAUGUUCCUGUUGCUGAGCUAUACCGUGCUUGGGACAUCAAGCAUUCGAAUUUUGACGCAGAACGAGUGAAGCUAGGUACAAAACUUUUUCUUGGGCCAAAAGACUUCCAAACAUUUGCUGCCAAACGAUGUGGUAGGUAUAAAAACGUUGAUAUAGUCUACAGACGAGAACUAGACUAUUUUACAUUAGAAAAAGGUGAACCAUUGCUUACCGAAGAUCCAGCUUCUAAAAAAUUCGAUUAUUGGAAUUUUAAAUGUGGAUCUAAAGCAUUUCUCUACAACCAGGUGCGCCGAAUGGUGGGAGCUUUGGUUGGACUAGGACUCGGAAAAAUUACUGAAAAGGAUAUCCAGUGCAUGCUUCAAGUCCCAUCGCACCACAACUGGAUCUCAGGAGUAAAUCCUGGACCACCACAUGGUUUAUAUUUGUGUAGGGUGGAGUACAAUCCAUCAGAAUUAGCAGAGUGUAUUAUUCGAAAAUCGUGAUAAUAAUUAUUCAUAUUAGCAAAGA